CUGCCGCCCCGGCUCCGCGCGGCCGGUUGCGUGGCACGGGGGUAGGCAAGGGGAGGGGGUUCGGCGGCCCAGGCCGCGCGGUGCCGUCCCUCAGGCGCUCCCCGUUCCCCGUGGGCCAUGAGCGUGUGCACGGAGUUCUUCGGGAAGCUGCGCGCCCUCGCUCUGACCCUGGAGAAGGAGACGGGGCAGCUCGAGAGGGCACUACGCAGAGAGGACGCGGACUAUGAAGAUGAACCUCCAGUAAGAGUCUUACAUGACCUGCAUUGUGAACUGAGGGCACUGAAGGAAGAUGUUAAUGCCAGUCUUAGUAAGAGCUGCUCUGAAAAACAAGAAAUUGACGAGUUUAUGAAGGCAAGUGAAAUACUGAUGCAAAGAAAUGCUGCAGAUCUUGGAAAAAUAAGAGAGCUGUUCCAGAAAUAUGACGACAAACCACAUGCUGCUACAGAAAGGGAAGAAGGAGAAGUUAGCAGUGAUUCAGUGGUGUCUGUCCAGAAUAAACCUGAAGAAGAAAAACCAGAUGAUGUACCUCACCUUUCUGCCUGUGCAGAGAAGCCACCGGCACCCAAAGACCUGCUGCAGAACCCCCAGCUCUCUGACUUUGGUCUUUCCCACUAUGCUUUUUCCAAGCCUUGCAGCGCAGUGAAAGGGCAGCAAGCUGCAAACGCCGGCCAAGGAAAUUCAAACAACAGGACUCCACUACAAACACACACCCCCCGUGUUUUACCCAAAACACCAAAAUGUAUGCUGCAGAUGGACGAUUAUGUGUGUGCAACACCAAAACUUGAGCACUUUGGCAUUAGUGAGCAUACCAUGUGUUUGAAUGAAGAUUAUACAAUGUCACUUAUUCGUAAAACUGCUCAGAUCUGCAAUAAGUUGGUUAAAGACAAUCAUGAAGUGAAGGUACCAGAAAUGACAUCCAGGGAAAUCAUGGUUACUCCUGGACCAAAACCAAAAGUGACAGCUGAGAAUGCAGCUGACUGGAUGACUUCUCCUAUGGUACUUGUGUUCUGUACUCCUGAUAUGAAAAGCGCUUCCAGAAGAAAUAAUACAGUGUUACCGAGGUCACCAGAGAAAAACGAAUCGCCUCUUCCCAGUCAUGCAGAAACACCACGGUUUCCAGACUUUGAAACGAGAUGGCUAAAAACGGAAGCUAAGCAGGUAAAGCAAGGGGAAAAGACUGAGUCAGUGACAAAGAAUGAUGUGACAGAGAAACAAUGUGUAGAAGAAAGGAUUCCUUUUGCUAUGAGCUCUGACGAGUAUCUUAAACAUUUUGAGGACCCUUCUCCUCCAAAAAUAAAACACUAUGACCAGUUACUCAGUACUCCUCCACCUCCAGAAAUAACCAGGAUACCAGAUGAUGUUCUACAGAUUCUGUCCAAGUAUAAUCGUCAAGUAGAUACUUCUAAAGCCAAAGAAAUGGAAGCCAAGGCAGGGAGUGCUACGAAAUAUAAAAGUGAUUUCACUGAUUACAGCAACAAAGAGAACAGAGCAUAUCCUGGAUUUUUCAAGCCAAACAUCUGAAAUCAAGGUGAAGACCAUGUUGAGACUGUUGACGGAUCUUGUCACUGAAUCAUAAUAAGCAAAAGAAAGUACUGGUAGGAGGAGCAAGCCAUACAAAGGAAAAGCUUUUUUUGAUGAAGAAAAAUGAUUUAUCCAUGAUGUGGCUAAACUUGUUUUAACUUAAAACUUGUGCUCAAGGUUUUUUUGAAAUUAUUGGCAAAAUAUAUUGAGGGGUUUUUAAUCAAUAUAUGCUUCAGAAAGGACUGGGAUCAUGUAUGGGGUAGUACUUCUGUUGUUUCACGUCAUUCUCAUUUUUGUUGUGUAUGCUUUUAGGCUGUAGAGAAGUGUAGUUAAGUUGCAAUAAAGGGAAA